AUGACGGCAAUGGCACUGGCAAUGGUAAGAACUGAAGAAGAACAGAAAAAAACGUGUGUAAAGAUUUCAAGUUGUCGAUGUUUGGCAAGAAGGCAAAGGACGGCUGUUGGGACUUUAUUUUUUCGAGAAGAUCAUGAUAAUGAUUCAACAGAAACACAACUUCAAUCAUCAUCUCAUAAUGCUGGUAAUCAGGUAAGAGAAAUUAUGAAGAAAAAAGCCACAAUAAUUCAUAAACACUACUCGGAAUCGGACUCUGUCGGAGUAGCUUGUGAUAGAAUGAAGCCAUAA